AUGAGUACUGUGACUAAUGAGUCAAAGAAGAAGGAAAGCAUCGAUAAGGCUCUUAUUUAACAAUAGAGAGAACAACUCAAGUAAACUGUUUUGGAGAGGUUUAUAAAGGAUUUUGGAAAGAAUAACAAAAAUAAAAUAUAAAUUAUCACCAAUAUCGUGAAUGAUUAUUUCUCAAAAACCAGAGUUACCGAUGUUACUUUGAAAAAUUUAAAGCAACAAGUUUAAUAGGCAAUUCAAAAUGCAGGAUCCACAACCCAAUCUCAAGCAGAAUAAUCAAUCAAGGAAUCCUAAGUCACCCAGUCACAUCAAUUGUAGUAGAUCCCCCAAUAGAAACCUGCCAGCAGUUAGUCUAGGAAAUCGAACCAAUAAUUGAUUCAAUCAGGUCCACAAUAACGUCAGGAUGUCUAUUCUGAAACCUCUUCCAAGGCACCCAAAUCAGUGUACAUGAUGGAGGGGGACGAGGAUGAUGAAUGGGCGACGUUAGUUAAAUUUGAUACUGAAUUGUAUAAAAAAGAAAAGGAACUUGAAGUCAUUAGAAAGUAGGAAUUUAAGAAGAAGAUCAAAUCAGAGUUGGAUAGAUAAAUAAAUGAGAAAUAAAAUAAGAAGCAUGAAGAGGUUCAAGAUGAAGAUGCUUAUGUGAAGUUACAUCAUUAUCAAUUGAAUGUCUAUGAUUAAAGAGAGAAGGACAAACAUGAUAAUUUGUAGAAUAAAAUCUAUAACGAAAAGCUGCAAAGAGACAAAUAAGUAAGAGAUGAAUAGCAAAGAAAAAAGGUUGAAUAGAAGAGAGAAAAGGAACUUGACAGUUUGUUAGUGAGAAAAAUAAGAGAAGAAUUAGAGUUAGAAUAAAGAGAGCAAUUGAAUAGAAGAAACAAAGAGAGAGAGCGUUUUCUGAGAAUGAUGAAAGAGAAUGAGGAGUAUAGAAAGAAAGCAUUGGAGGAUGCUAAAUUAGAGAAAGAGGCAGAAACUUAAAUGCAACAAUAAUAUAUCAGUUUAUAAAAUCAAUUGGAGGAAUAAAGAGAAUUAGAGAGGAAAUAAAGAGAGGAAAAAAUGAAAAAAGUUAUGGGAAUGUUUGCUGAAGGAGUUGUUAAAGAUUAAAAAGAAUUGAUUAAAUAAGAAGAUGAGAAAAUGCUUAGGAAUAUUAUUUAAUAAAAUGAAAGGGAAAAAGUUGAAGAAGAAAAGAAAAAGAUAAAAUAAUUAGAUUAAAGAUAAUAAUUGAGAUCAUUUUUAAAUUCAUAAAUAGAAGAAAAAAAAAGAAGAUAAGAAGAAGAGGAAGAACUCAAUAAAAGAUAGGCAGAAAUUUGGAAAUAAGACUUAGACAAUUACAAUGAUCAUGAAAAAAAAAAAUUUGAUUACAUUAAAGAAGUAAAUUUAAGACAUGCAGAUAUCUUGAAAAGUUAAAUAUAAGAAAAAUAAGGUAAGGUCAAGUAAAAGACUACUAAAAUGAAUACAGCUGAAUUGUUAUAAAAUAAGGACAAACUUAAAGUUAUUGCCUAAGAAGUUCCUGAUCUAGGAGAGAAGGUCAAAAAAAUUGAGAUUUGA